AUGAUUUUACAGGGCGAAACGAUAUUUUCGUGGUACAGCGGCGAGGCGGGUGGCGGCGUGGGAGCGGAGCGCGUGGCGGAUAGGUGGGGCGGGCGCGUGCGCAGGUUGACCGACGGACGGCUGGGGCUCGGCCGCGGCUCCAUCAACGUGACCGCCGUGCGCGAGACCGACGCCGGCCUAUAUCGAUGCCGUGUCUCCUUCCCCAACCGCACGCCGCCUGCUCGCAACAAUGGAACAUUCUACUUCCUUGAUGUUGACGGUGGUAAUCUGAUAGUGACUCCCCCUAUGAACGUAACGGUGCUGGAAGGUUCGCGAGCGGAACUAGAGUGCCUGCCGAAGCACAGUGAGGCGAGCGUGCAGUGGUACCGGGACGGGCUCCCGCUCGAGCGGCUGCCCGAGCUCGCGGCGAGGGCGGAGGCCGCGCGCAACGGGAGCCUGGUGCUGCGCGCCGCCCACAGCGCCGACCCCGGCGAGUUCCAGUGCCGCGUGCGUGACCCCGACGGCACCACGCAGUCUGCCAGCGCCUUCCUCGACGUGCAGUACAAGGCGAAGGUAGUAUACUCCCCAUCGGAGCGCUACUUACCUUACGGCAAGCCGGCGAGCCUGGACUGUCACUUCAGCGCCAACCCGCCGCUCACGAAUCUGCGCUGGGAGAAGGACGGGUUCCUGUUCGACCCUUAUAAUGUACCUGGCGUUUUCUAUAGCAGGAAUGGCAGUCUGCUCUUCAAUCAGGUGGACGAAUCCCACGAGGGAGAAUAUUCUUGCACGCCAUACAACGCGCUGGGCAGCGCGGGCGCGUCGGAGGGCGUGCGCGUGCGCGUGGCGCGUCCGCCCGCGCUGGCGGCGCGCCCGCGGCCGCUGUACGUGGCGCGCCUCGGGGACCGCCUCACGCUGCCCUGCGCGCCCGCGCCCCGCCCGCCGCUGCCGCCGCCCGACCUGCGCUGGGCUAGGAAGGACGGCAGCGAGUUGCCAAACAAUCGGCACUCGAUAGAAGACGGCAACCUGACGAUAGAGGGCGUCGCGGAGGAGGACCGGGGCGUGUACGUGUGCACGGCGACCAACGAGGCGGCCGCCGUCAGCGCGGAGACCGAGGUGAUGGUGGAGAACCUGCCGCCGCGUGCGCCCCACAACCUCACCGCACGCGCCCACCACGACUCUGUUCAUCUUUCGUGGGUGCCAGCUAUCAUAUUAAUGAUAGAUAUAGCGCGUGUGAACGGUCUAUGUGGGCGGAGUUAUGGGCGAUGCAACGCGCGGCGCCUCGCGAUCCCACGGUUCGUGUACGUACAUCGUCGGCGCUGA